AUGGCUGCAAACUACGACCGCGUGCUUCUUCCGCCAUUCCAGCCGCAAGCCCCGAGCCAGCUUAGUCUGCCCUCGCUUCACGAAAUCUUCCCUGAAUACGUUCCCAAGCCGAGUCACCGUGCUCCCGCACCUCAGACUCCUCAUGUAUACCAUUCACGUCACGCGUCGACCUCAUCGUCGUCUACGACUUCUUCGGCGCGCUCCUCACCGAGCGGAUCGCCCUCGCCGCCGCCGUACUCGGCCGCAUCAUCCUCGCCUCCACCUUACUCCCCAUCGCCUGUCGAUGGUCAAACUGUGCGCAUCGUGCGCGCGGAUUCCUUCGACGGCGCCGAUGCGGUACUGCUCUACGCCGGCCCCAUGAAGGCGGCUUCGGCCCCACGAAUCAUCGCGCAUCUAUCGCAGUUGAACCCCACCGCGUUCCAAAGCGGCGCACCGUUGCUGCUCGUAAAAGCCGCUCUGCACGCGUGGAAGGCGUCGCCUCACAACCUACCCGCACACAUCCGCGCGCAGCCUUACAAGCUGCAGAGCGCCGCGCCUAUCCUCAAGGAGGUCGUCCGCAAAUGUUAA